AAAAUUAUUCAUUUCUUUCAAAACCAGACAUAAUGCUGCACCAAGGAAUUAUCUUACGGGAAGGACAUGUAACACGCACUAUCUACAAUCUGAUCAAGGAUAAACGCUACGAGGAUGUCAUCGAGUGCAUUGUGAAUUGUGGAGAGGCGGCCAAUACUCGAGCCGGUCUGUCCACGCUGGGACAUUGUUACUACCAUGCCCAGAAGUAUGAGGAGGCGGCCAGUUGCUAUGAACAGCUCUGUCAGCUGGUGCCCAAGGAAUCCAAGUACAGAUUCUACUAUGCACAGUCGCUCUAUCAGGCUGGCAUUUUUGCCGAGGCACUGCGUGUCCUGAAACAGAUCAGCGAUAAGGAACUGGAGCUGAGGGAGCAGUGCCUGCAAUUGCAGAGUGCCAUUCUCUAUUCGAGCGAGGAUUAUGCGGGAGCUCAGAGUCUGCUUAAUCAGAGAGCUGGCGGCACAGCCGAGACCCUUAAUGACGAGGGUUGCUUGCUGUUCCAGGCGGAUCAGCAUGAAGCGGCAGUGCAGCGUUUCCAAACGGCGCUGCAAGUGGGCGGUUUUAAUCCGCUGGUCGCCUACAAUGUGGCAUUGGCACACUUUCAGCGCAAGCAGCGGGCACAGGCGCUAGACUACACCUCCGAGAUUGUGGAGCGAGGCAUGCGAAAUCAUCCAGAGCUGGGCAUUGGUGCCCAAGUGGAUACGGAUGGCAGUGCACGUAGUGUUGGCAAUCCCAUUACGAUGGCAUUGUCCGGCAUCACACAAGCGCUCAAUCUAAAGGCGGCUCUAGAGUAUCAGGAUGGGAAUGUGGAGGCUGCACGGGACGCACUGCUCGAUCUACCACCACGGGCAGAGAGUGAACUGGAUCCGGUAACGUUGCACAACAUGGCCUUGACGGAUGCUCAAGGACCUGUGGCUGGUCUGCGUAAAUUGGCCUUUCUGCUGCAGUUGGGUGCACCAGCCUGCCCCAAGGAGACGUUUGCCAACAUCUUGCUCACCUGCUGCAAGCACGAGCUCUACGAGACCGCUGCCGACAUUCUGGCCGAGCACACAGAUCUCACCUACAAAUAUCUUUCGCAGUAUCUGUACGAGCUGCUGGAUGCGCUGAUCACGGCCCAAACCAGCGGCGAGUUGGCCGAAAAGAAACUGGGAACGCUCGCCUCCAGCUUGUCGGGGAAAUUGCGCAGCCUGGCCGCCCGAGUGCAAGAGGUGAGAGCCACCAGCGAGCAGCAGGCACUACGCGAUGCACUCAAGGAUUACGAACAGGCACUGGAGCUUUAUCUCCCAGUGGUUAUGGCGCGAGCCUGGAUCUCCUGGCGUGAGGAUGAUUUCCUGGGUGCCGAGCGUGAGUUUCGGUCCAGCGCAGAGUUCUGCUCCGAGAAUGCCAUCUGCUCCGUAUGGCGCUUGAAUGCAGGACAUGUGCUCUUUAUGCAGGACAAGUACAAGGAGGCGGCAGCUUUCUAUGAACCCAUUGUCCGUCAGCACUCGGAUGACAUUAUGUCCGUUUCGGCUGCUGUGCUGGCCAAUUUGUGCGUCUCCUACAUUAUGACCUUUCAAAACGAGGAGGCCGAGGAACUCAUGCGGAAAGUGGAGAACGCCGAAGAGCUGAAGGGUAACCAGGGCAAGCAGUACCAUCAUCUGUGCAUUGUCAACCUGGUCGUGGGCACCUUGUACUGCGCCAAAUCCAACUAUGAGUUCGGACUCUCGCGCAUCGCGCACGCUCUCGAGGGUGGAUCGGGUGCGCGUCUCUAUGCGGACACCUGGCUUCAUGUGAAACGCUGUAUGCUCGGAUUGCUCACAGGUAUGGCGAAGCAGAAUAUCAUUUUACCCUAUCCGGCCGUCCAGGAGGUGCUCAACUUUCUCAAAUCUUGCGAAGCUUACGGCCUAUUCACACCAGCAAACAUCUAUACGGCCACGGAGCAGAUACCCAAGGAACCAUUGACCAUUGGCCUCGAGGCCAGAAAACUUCGACUGCUGCUAAUCAAGCUAAGCGAAUACGAAAACUAUUAA